UCAAAUUCUUUUUUUAAAUACUCUUUAUCCUCAAAGUGUUGAGUUUUGCCAAACAAAAAUGGGUGCAUGUAAGGCACCCAUUUGUAAUCUGCAAGUGCCAUCGGCUCCAGUCCCAAGAAUCUCCGGCACCACCGCAAGGCGGACAUUCCUCUUCUCUCUGCCGCUGAUUGCGAGUAGUGCCACUCUUAGUUGUAGUACUGUUGCUGGUUCUUCUAGUUUAGGUUUAGCAGCUGAGAGCUAUGACCCACUCACCCAAGCCGAGAAAGAUGCCAGCCAAGAUAAAUCCCGCAGAAUAUCAGAGGCUAUUCAGUUGCUUGACAAAGGCAGGGAAUUCCAGGCUCAGGGUGACUUCAAUUCAGCUCUUCUCUAUUUCACUCUGGUUAUUGAUAAAUAUAAGGACUUUGCUUUCUCGGAAUACGCAAGAGUGGGAAGAGCAUUGGCCCUUUAUGAGGUUGGGGACAAACAAGAAGCAAUUGCUGAGAUGGAAGAUGUUUCAAUAUCUUUGAAGGGAUAUCCUGAAGUACAUGCAGCUCUUGCAGCAGCCUUAUACGUGGACAAGCAUUCGCCCCUGCUAGCCGAGAAUCAAUUCACUAUUGCAACUCUGCUAGAUCCUCACUACACCGACCUUUCAUAUGUUAAAGAAACUAAACAUUGGCCUCCAAGUUUGGUUAGUUCUUUGCGACGCUUCAUCACUUUUUCCUAGUAGUUUAAGUUAUAAGCUUUCAACUUUUCUUACAAAGUGUCAACGUCAUGACCAUCUUGAAUUGCUUGAUCCUGUGUAAAGCACGCUGUUGAUUGAAACUCGUAUCACAGACCACAUAAAUUGUAAAGUAUAUUGAAUAUAGCAGGCUAAACAUAAUGUUCAAGUUCAAAUUAUGAAUUUUGUUGGUUUGACGA